AGAUCAAAGACAGCAGCACAGGAUCGGCGUCUGAACUCCGAAGAUCUGGGCUUUAUGACGAUCGCGGCACAGCUGGUGGUUUUCUCUCGCAGAAAUGCCAGUGCGCGCUGUCACCACCAGGUUCAUGUACAAGGGACUUUGCACUAUUCCAGAUGUCCUCUCCUACCGGACCCCUGUUAACCUGCCUGAGGAUGAGGUGGAAGAGAUCCGUGAGGCAUUCAAAGUGUUUGACCGAGAUGGGAAUGGCUUCAUCUCGAAGCAGGAGUUGGGGACGGCCAUGCGUUCCCUCGGUUACAUGCCAAAUGAGGUAGAACUGGAAGUUAUCGUCCAAAGACUCGACACGGAUGGUGAUGGUCAGGUGGGCUUUGAUGAAUUUGUCACAUUGCUCGGACCGAAGCUGUCUGCUGCUGGAAUGCCUGAUAAGUUCCACGGAGCAGAUUUUGAUUCAGUGUUUUGGAAGUGUGAUAUGCAAAAACUAACGGUGGAUGAGCUUAAGAGACUGCUUUACGACACGUUCGGUGACCACCUCACUAUGAAGGACAUCGAGAACAUCAUCAUGACUGAGGAGAAGCACCUGAACAGUCCAGAGUCCCACGUUGACAUCGACACGAGUCCAACACAACAGGAGAAACACACGUGUGUGCGGAAAAGCCUGAUCUGUGCCUUCGCCAUAGCAUUUAUCAUCAGCGUUAUGCUCAUCGCGGCCAAUCAAAUGCUGCGCAGAGGAAUGAAGUAAACUCAAGUUUUGUUUGCAGGUCAAUGCAAAGGGAUAUAAGGAAGGGCUCUGCAAAAGCAAAGCUAAACCAAAAUAUGUCCUGUUUUGGGGGGCAUUGUUCACCUUUUUUUUUUUUUUUUUACAUUUGAGCUUAAAAUCAAGUUUACUCUCACUGCACAUGUUACACUUUCUGUAUAUAAGGAACAAAAAUGAUGUCAGGAAGGAAUCAGCAGCAUGAUGUCAUUGGUUCUAAAUACUGGUGCACAAAGAUCUUAGUAAGAAGUCAUAUUCUGGAUGGUUUCCAACUUGGAGACGAUCGGAGAUGCAUGUGCAACUUGGGAUAGAAAAAACUCUGUCCAUCACUUUGGUAGCUUAUAUAUAGACAUUUUUAACAUUCAAACAUUAUAUGCAACUCGAAGGAAAAUAGUAUUUUCCAAUUUUUUUUUAAA